ACACGGGCAUAAACCGGUUUGACAACCUUGCUACCACUUCACUUUGGAGUUUUUUUUAAUCAUGAGAAAAUAGUAUAAAUACCCGUAUUAAUAAUCAUACUAAACCCAUGUCUAUAUAAACAGAGCUCUCUGGUUUGCGCCGGGAAGGAAGAAGCGAGGUAGGGUUGUUGGUGGAGAGUAAUAGCGCCAAAUCAAAUCGGCUUUUGUUGUUGGAUUCGCCACUCUGCUGCAUCAAUGGUUAUUGCUCCGAACGAGUGGAUAAGCACGGAGGACGCGCUGCUCCAGGCGCUGGUUGGCAAGUACGGCGAGAACAAUCAAUGGCAACGCAUUAGUGCGCUUUUCGUUCGUAAAUCCGCCAAGCAGUGCGAGGCUCGCUGGUAUCGCUGUUUCGACCCAUCGGCCAUCAAAAGAAGAGAGGAGGCAGCAGCAAUAGGCCAUCUUGCUGAGCGCUUCGAUGCUGUCGCCCUCAACCAUGAAUGAGAAUUCAUUCUCAUGGAGGAGGAGGAGAAGCCACAGCCCCAUUGAUUCUCUUGGAUAUGUAUAAUGAAGCUCUGUUUUCUGUUUUGCUAGGUUUUUUGUUGUUGUUUUUGUGUGGGAGUUUUUUAACACCCUAGCCCGCCCUAGUACUAUUUUUAUCAAAUUGCUCUCGA